AUGAUUAUAUGGAUAAUAGUUAAUCAAGUUCAAGCAAAUUGUCAAAAUGAUACAUCACAAUCAAAAUUUGUAUAUCGACGUGUUUGUUAUUUUGCUAAUUGGGCAGCUAAACGAACUGAUAAUAUAAGUCGUUUAAUUCCCGAAGAUAUUGAUCCAUUUUUAUGUACACAUAUUAAUUUUGCCUUUGGUAAAGUACUCGAAAGUUUAAUAUUAGCACCAUAUGAAGAAGAUGAUUUAAAAGGAUGGACUCUAAAUUCAAAAGGCAUGUAUGAACGUUUAUUAACACUUAAAGAAAUCAAUCCUGAUCUACGUGUUUUAUUGAGUGUUGGAGGAUGGACACAUGCAUCACGUGGAUUUAAUGAUGUAUCAAAAAAUGAUGCUAAUAUAAAAACUUUUGUCAAUAAUAGUAUAAAAUUUUUACGAGAUAAUAAAUUUGAUGGAUUAGAUUUAGAUUGGGAAUAUCCAGGUGCAAAAGAUCAAGGUGCAGAACCUCAUUCUAAAACUGGAUAUACGAAAUUAGUCAAGAAAUUGAGUGAAAUGUUUCAAGAAGAAGCUACACAAACAGGAAAAGAAAGAUUAUUAUUAACAUGUGCUACAGCUGCAGCACGACAUCGAAUUGAAGCUGGUUAUGAAGUUAAAGAAGUUUGCAAAUAUUUUGAUUUUGUAUCUGUAAUGACUUAUGAUUAUCAUGGUAGUUGGGAAGGCAAAACUGGACAUAAUAGUCCUUUAUAUGGAAUGCGUAAAGAAAGAAAAAAAUUUCGUGAAUGGAAUAUAAAUAGUUCAAUGAAUGUAUGGGUUGAACUAGGUUGUCCAAAAGAAAAACUUAAUAUUGGUCUUUCAGCUUAUGGAAGAGCUUUUUCAUUACUUCGAGAACCAGGUAUAACUAAUAAUAAAUCGAUGCGAAAGAAAAAAUCAUCGAUUGGAUUAAAAGCAGGUGCUGCUGAACCUGGAAAAUAUACACGAGAAGCAGGUGUUUUGUCUUAUUAUGAAAUUUGUGAAUUGAUUCAAAAAAAUUCAAGUAAUCGUGUCUAUUGGCAUCGUGAAAUGAGUGUUCCAUAUGUAUCAAGUAAAACAUUAUGGAUUGGUUAUGAUAAUAUUCGAAGUGUUACAUUAAAAAUGCAAUUUUUAAAAGAACAUGGUUAUGGCGGUGUAAUUAUGUGGUCAUUAGAUCUCGAUGAUAAGACAGGUGAAUUUUGUAAUGAAGGUUCAUUUCCAAUAUUCAAUGCAGCUAAAAAUGAACUAUUAAUUUUACCUGAUUAUUUAUCUAAUUUAAAUGAAAAAUGUUUUGAUAAUAAUACAUUAUCAAUUGAACAGUUUGAUUCUCAAUCGACAAUAAUAGGAGCAAUAAAUCGAAAUUUUUUCUUUUGUUUUUUACUUGAUAUUAUUAUAUAUAUUUGA